AUGGCGGUCCUGCUCAGCAAGAACUACGAGAAAGCGUUGGAAGAGAUCGACGAGAACCUCAUCUACUGGCCGCGGUUCAUCCGGCACAAAUGCAAGCAGCGCUUCACCAAGAUCACGCAGUACCUCAUCCGCAUCCGCAAGCUGACGCUCAAGAGACAGAGGAAGCUGGUUCCUUUACGCAGGAAGAUUGAAAGGCGAGAGAAGAGGAGAGAGGAGAAAGCCCUGAUUGCCGCUCAGCUGGACAACGCCAUCGAGAAGGAAUUACUGGAAAGACUGAAACAGGACACAUAUGGAGACAUUUACAACUUCCCCAUCCACGCCUUCGACAAAGCUCUACAACAGCAGGAAGCAGAAAGCGAGAGCGAGUCUGAUGCGGAGAAGGAGGAGGAUGAUGAUGAGGACACAGAUAAAAGAGAGUUUGUGGAAGCCAGCAGCGAUGACAGUGACCUCAGUGACUUCGAGGACAUGGAUAAGCUGGAGACAAGUAGUGAAGAGGAGCAGGAAGAGGAGGAGGAAGUAGAGAAGCAAGCCUCUCACUCCAAAUCUAAAGGGAAAACUCCCCUGAAAGGACCAGCCAGAAGAAAACGUCGCUACAUUGAAAUAGAGUAUGAAGAGGAAACAGAGCCAACCAGCAAAACAAAAGCAGCCUGACUCCUUCCUCACCCCACGUUUUGUACGGAAUGAGAGGACUCCAGAUCUGUCACUGUAACUCCUUCCAGCUCUCACCACUUUCUGCAGGACCCUCAUUAAUUACUUUUUCCAUGCUCUAGACUAAUACUUUUCUGUAAGAAAAGAAAGGUUUCUGCCCUGACCCUGGGCCGUUGCAGCAAGUUUGUACAACUCCUGCGUGAAACACAGCUUGAAGACUCCCCACCUUCUCUGCAGCCACACAAAGCUCAGCUCAGACUGUGCUCUGGGAAGGACCCUGGGCUGGGGGGUAACUGCUGCUUUGUUCCAAAGCUGGAGAAGCCCACACGUGGGGGGGCGAGCACAGGAGCGUGUCUUGUUUGGGGAGGUAUGGAGCUAACGGGUGGGAUGAGAAAGACAGUAACUUUUAAUAAAAAAAUAAAUUUUACUGUACAAAAA